UAGAAGAAGAAACCGCCCCAGACUCGCCCAUACAGCUCAUUAGGAUGUUUUUCUCAGUUAGUGCUGUGUUUACGACGCGGUUCAUUGACUCUGUUAGGUUUCUAGCUGAUCCAGAAGGCUCCGUUAAGACGCACAUGUGGUCUCCUCCUCUCUGAUCUGGACGGUGGCGAUCUAUGAACGAGGCGGUCCAGCAGCUUCUGUCGCUAGCUGAUCGAUAUGACGGGACGGUUGACAAGCGAGUGUCUGUGCAACGACAGGGACUAGCCUUAGAAUAAGAGUUAAAAACACGCUGUUCACUCCAGUCAGGAAGGAUAAAGCGAGACAUUUAUGUAUAACACUUAGACCGUCCAGCUGAGUACACAGCUGUGUUAGUGGGACUAGCCUACAGUAGGAGCUACACUAUGGCGUCAGAUACCAGUGACACCGAGGAGUUUUAUGACGCUCCAGAGGUUAUAACUCCCUCUCCUCACGUGUCACCUGCAAAGUUUGUCAUUCCUUCACCUCAGGUCUCGCAAAUCUCAGUCCCCGCUGCACAGGAUGUGAGCUGUGCCGCAUCUGAAACUCAGCAAGACGACCCCCUGCAGAUCAUUGAUAGCAUCAUCGAGGAGAGUCAAAAGGGAAAUGUAGGUGACGUCGGUGAGGUGGCUGAGCUGUUAGACCACCUACAUGUCGAUGCACGUUCAGAACCAGACCCAAAACGGGAGAACGAUGCAGACGGAGUCCCCGAGGAACCUGCAGCUCCAGCUGCUGCACCUGAACUUGUCGACGCCUCAGAGGAACAACAAAAAAGUGCAGUAACAAACGGAGAGUGCCCUUUAGCUGCUGCUGCUGAAUCCAUAGAUGUUCCAGAGCCGUCGGCUGAUUCCCAGGAACACAUUCAGCCUCCAGACAUCACCAGUACCCUAGGACAGAGUCAGCCUGAGAGGGCUGUCGUAGCUGCAGAAGGGGAGUCGGAGCACAGACCUGCAGACAUCUUAGACCAGGUUCCCUCAACAGACGGGUCGGAUAACCCCAACUCUCCAGGCCCCGUGAAACCCCCGAGACAAUUCACAGUGGAGCCAGAUAUUGUAGCCAGCACAAAGAAGCCUCCUCCCUCCCGCCCACCUCCUCCUAGCGGGGGUCCCCCACCAAGACCACCGCCACCGUCCUGGCAAAGCUUGCCUUCCAAAAAGCCAACGAGACCAACUGGACUGGACGUUGGUCAAGUGAACAGCGACUCCCCGGAGCCGUCCGGCCUGCUGUCUCCUUGCAGCACAGUGAAGAGUCUAACUAAAGAGCUGCAGCAUUCCCUAGAUCUUGCCAGUGCCACCAGUGGGGAUAAAGUGGUGACGGCACAGGAAAAUGAGGAUGAACAGGCUUCAUCUCAGGGUGAAGGCAACACUCCAGGCCCUCAGCGUCCACGCUCCGACUCUGGUAGAGAGCUGACGGAUGAAGAAAUCUUAGCCAGUGUGAUGAUCAAGAAUCUAGACACGGGAGAAGAGAUCCCUCUGAUUCAGGCGGAAGAGAAACUUCCUACUGGGAUCAACCCCCUCACCCUGCACAUCAUGAGGAGGACCAAGGAGUACAUUACGAACGAUGCGGCUCAGUCAGAUGACGAUGACAAAUCUCAGGCUGCUCUGACAGACACAGAUGGAGGAAAAUUGAAGCAGAAAACAACCCAGCUAAAAAAGUUCCUGGGCAAGUCUGUGAAGAAGGCCAAGCACUUUGCCGAGGAGUACGGCGAGAAGGCGGUCAAUAAGGUGAAGAGCGUGCGUGACGAAGUGUUCCACACGGAUCAGGACGACCCGUCCUCCAGUGACGACGAGGGCAUGCCUUACACCAGACCUGCCAAGUUCAAGGCAGCACACAGCUUCAAGGGGCCCUUCGACUUUGACCAGAUUAAGGUCGUGCAGGACCUAAGUGGAGAACACAUGGGGGCUGUGUGGACUAUGAAGUUCUCUCACUGUGGGAGGCUGCUGGCAACGGCAGGGCAAGAUAAUAUUGUUCGCAUUUGGGUGCUGAAGACUGCGUUUGACUACUUCAACAAUAUGAGACUAAAGUACAACACUGAAGGUCGAGUUUCACCCUCUCCUUCUCAGGAAAGCUUAUGCUCUUCUAAAUCUGACACUGAUCCUGGGGCGAGUUGUAUUCCAGAGGACCCGGACACUGAAGAUAAAAACGCCCCUUUCCGCCCAGUCCCCUUCUGCAAGUACAAGGGUCACACAGCUGAUCUGCUGGACUUGUCCUGGUCCAAGAACUUCUUCCUGCUCUCCUCCUCCAUGGAUAAGACGGUCCGGUUGUGGCACAUAUCAAGGAGAGAGUGUCUCUGCUGCUUUCAGCACAUUGAUUUUGUCACAGCCAUUGCUUUCCACCCCAGAGAUGACCGAUACUUCUUAAGCGGCUCCCUGGAUGGAAAACUACGACUUUGGAACAUUCCAGACAAAAAAGUGGCGCUGUGGAACGAGGUGGACGGUCAGACCCGACUCAUCACCGCCGCCAACUUCUGUCAGAACGGGAAGUACGCGGUGAUCGGCACCUACGACGGCCGCUGCAUCUUCUACGACACAGAGCGUCUGAAAUACCACACUCAAAUUCACGUGCGGUCGACUAGAGGAAGGAACAAAGUCGGACGCAAAAUCACUGGCAUUGAACCUCUGCCCGGGGAGAAUAAGAUUUUGGUGACUUCAAAUGAUUCCCGUAUUCGACUGUACGACCUGAGGGACUUAUCUCUGUCCAUGAAGUACAAGGGUUACGUCAACAGCAGCAGCCAGAUCAAGGCCAGCUUCAGCCAUGACUACUCCUUCAUAGUGAGCGGCUCAGAAGACAGAUACGUGUACAUCUGGAGCACUUACCACGACCUGAGCAAGUUCACGUCUGUCCGACGGGACCGCAAUGACUUCUGGGAAGGGAUUAAAGCACACAAUGCGGUGGUCACCUCAGCCGUUUUUGCCCCCAAUCCUGGGCUCAUUGUUCCGCAGGAAAGUGGAGCAGAGAAACCGGAAGCUGACCGGAAGAGCCUGGACUCCACAGACUCUGAAACCAUCCCGUCAGGAGCACUAAAGACGGAUCACACAGAGGUUCUCCUCUCUGCCGACUUCACUGGAGCCAUCAAGGUUUUUAUCAAUGUAAAGAAGUACUGAGCAGCUCAGAGACGCCUCAGACGGACCGACUGUCAGCUUUUACCUUGAUAUGGACGACAGCCCGUCAAGAAUCUUCUAAGAUCAUCCGACUACCUAACGGUUACUGCUCUGAGACGUGCGUUGUAGAUAAAGGGACUGGGUGGAAGAAAUGAACUGUACAAAACUGACGAGGUCAGAUUCCUGGUCGCAUUUCUAUUUUUUAAUCUUUCAUAUCAGGUGACUGUGAUGGGUCUAAAAUGUGAAGAUCCGGAGACACCAAACAAAUGUUUCAAGCAGAAAACGCUUCUGUUCAGAUGUGUAUGUGUACAUUUAUAGCUGUAUGUUCCAGAAUGACUAUACAGGAGCUACCGUAGAGAGCUAUUUGCAGCAGUUUGGGCACCUUACUUGUUUCUUUGGCUCUUUCGUUUCAGAAAAGUCCAUUCUCAGUGGGAAGUUCUGUUGUUCUGAGACUUGAAAGCAUUGGUCUCAAUUUCAAAGUUGAUUUAAUUCUCAUUUGCAAGCACUUAUGCCUCCAAAAUCCUGUAUUUGAACUUUUCCUCUUAAAUAUCAAACACUUAAGCAGGUAACAGCAACACGGCGGAUAUGUGUGUGUGUGCAAUUACUGUUAGGGCUGGCUGUCACUUUUUUCUCCGAAAAAUACUGGCUCUUAAGUACUUUUGAUAAUGUCUUUGUUCGACAGAAGCACAUUUCAUUAUUAUUACUGUAAAUCCACUGUAACAUUGCAAACUCGGCUUUUAUAAAGAAAAGAAAGAUAUGCUCUUACUUUCCUUAAUAAAAAAAA